AUGACGAACCACGAUCUACAGCGUUUUAUUGCUUGCCUAUCAACUGCACCGGUGCUGCGGAGCCUUAAUCUUUCACACAACUUGUGUUCAUUUGCUUCAGUUCACAAGCUGCGCGAGAUGGUCGAGUUGAAGGCGUUGAGCUCUCUAAGAGAGCUCCUCUGUGUGGCUAUUACUGCUGAUGAGGUGGCUAUGGGUCAUCUACUGGAAGUUUUCCAGGCUAAACCACUCUGGUGUCCACACCUCGAAGUCGUAGAUGUUAGUGGGAACCCGCUGAGCAAUCCCAAGGCCGCGAAUCAACUAGCAAGAGUAUUCACAUCCAGCAGACAGCUAUCGUCGGGUUGGCCGGAGCUCACGCAUCUCAAUCUGUCGAGCAUGCACCUAAGUGAUGAUGGACUUCGGACCAUUGCGACGGCUAUGCUAGAGAAUCGACCAACGAAGAUCCAGCACUUGGACAUCUCGGACAACAGCGUUCAGUCCUCUAUCGACAUUUUCGUCCGUGCUUUAGCCGCGGGCAAGCUGCUACACCUUCGAUCAUUGGCAAUAGCAGAUAAUGAGCUGCGUGCGCUGGAGUUCGAAGCGUUGAGCUCCACUCUGGCCACAAACUGUUGCCCUCGUCUCCAAGUACUCGAUCUCUCGGCAAACUUCGCUCGUGGCGAGGGCAUCGCUCGCUUCUGCCCGUUCUUGCUGUCACCUCCGGCCAAGCGACUUUGGGCACUCGACCUCAGCGACAACGAAAUUCCACACCGAGGGCUACUUCGCCUGAAUGAGACACUGGCGCGAGGCAAUUGCAAGGAGCUGCACGAACUCAACUUGUCCCGCAACGCCGAGCUGAAAGCCAUUGCCUCCUUCUUGGACCUCAUUCGAGGUGACGGCCUGCCUUCACUAACCAUACUGCAAGUCGGAUAUGCGCAAACCCGCUCAGAAGGCCACGAUCUCGUCCAAGACACACUGCGACGGCGCAGCAGACGCUUGAAGCAGCUACGAUUCGAAGAACGGCUGACAGCAAUUCAGCUUGACAACGACGCCAAGGCGGAGCGCGACCAAAUCCGCUGUCGGAGGCAGAGCCAACACCUGCGUGAAGUCUACGACCACCUCGAGAACGAAGCCGAUCGAGCCUUACGUCGCCGCAAGCAGCUGAAGAAGUCGUCGCAGCUGCACAUUCACCAAGAGAUAACGCGCCAAAAGCAGCAGCGCGCGCACGCGCGGCUCUGCAGACAACUCGACCUCGACGUCCACGCAGCCUAG